UAUAAUUUUUUUUUUUUGGUGGGAUACAGAGAAUAUAAUUAAGAAAAAAGGAUAAAUACUAUUUUUUUUCUAAAUUUUUAUUAUAAGGAACCCUAAAGAAUGCCCCUCUAGCAGAAAUCACAGAAUCAAACAAACCGACUCGUCGUAUUCAUGCCUCUCCCUCCCAAGAAAAAAACCCUAAUUUUGAUCUGCACAAGACAUGAACGAGAUUCAUCAGCCACCGAUGGCGAGGAGGGUAUGGAGGAGCAACGUCGAUGACGAGAUGGCUCGUAUGAAGCUCUGUCUCAAGUCGUUCCCACUCAUCGCAUUCGAUACAGAGUACCCUGGUAUGAUUAUCCCUACUUUCAUCGAUUCAUCUGACGAGGAAUGGUUCAUUGCCUUGAAAGGAAACGUGGAGAACACGAAGCUGAUCCAGUGCGGUUUCACUCUUUUCAACUCCAAGGGUGAGAUCGGUGGCACUUGGGAGUUUAACUUCUCCAAUUUCGGCGACCCAUCCGACUCACGCAACGACGCUUCCAUCGAGUUUUUGAGGAGACACGGUCUCGAUUUGCAGAGGAUUCGAGACCACGGUAUUGAUAUGUUCGGCUACGCCUUCUUCCCCAAGCUCAUGGCCAUGUUUCGCUCUCAGAGACUGGUCGAGUUCAUCACCUUCCAAGGAGCUUACGAUUUCGCCUACUUGCUCUGUAUCCUCAACAAUGGCAAGCUUCCUGACACUCAUGGGGAGUUUGCAUUGGAGGUUGUCAAAGUCUUUGGUCUAGUUUAUGACACUAAGGUCAUGGCUGGAUACUGUCACGGGCUCGGUGAACACCUCGGGCUAAGCAAAUUGGCCCAGCUACUUAACAUCACUCGUGUGGGGAGAGCGCAUCACGCUGGUUCUGACAGCUUAGUGACUGCACUUGUCUUCACCAAGCUCAAACAAGUCAAUGACGAUACCAGGUAUGCUAAAGGACUGAUCUACGGUAUUGGGAAGAGAAUGCUCCAUACCGCCCCUGCUCCUGCCCCUGCGCCUGAGCCGCCUAUUCCAUUGAUGUGUCAGCAGAACCUAGCUUCAUAUCUUAUGUACCAUAAUGGAUAUGUCCCAAACUACGAUCAACCUCAGGUUUACUACGUCAACUAUGCCCCAUGGAGGUACCAUAAUGGUGAGCUUGUGCCGUUUAAUUAUCAUCCACCUUCAAGCACAUUUACAUACCCAUCUCAGACAGUUGAGUACCAUGGACCGCCUCCCAACUUUUACAAUAAUAAUCCUUGCGCUAUUGAGUAGAUUAAGAUUUCAUGCUUUAGGAUGAUUAGGUGCAUUUGAGAUUUUUUUUUUCUUUUUCUUUUCUGGCUUUUGGUAGUAAUGAAGGAUUUAUUUUUUAUAUAUUUAUCGAUUGUUUACAUGGCUUUACUUUAUCAGCUGAGUAAUGCCUGUCUGCAAUCCUUGAUAUAUAAAAGCAGACCAAUCUAUUUUACAUAUCUUUCUUCA